AUGAGCUUUGCAGAUGUCGACGAAAGACCGGCAAAGAAGCGUCGCUUCUUCCUAGACGAAGACUCGCCCAUUGCUGACCACACACUCGACCCGGAACCCUCUCUUCCAGACGAGACCAACGCGCUACCAGAGACCUUACCUGAUGCUACCGCAGCGAAAGAGACUGCAGAGACACCGAGCAUCGAGCAAGAUGCUGCGGGAGGCUUUGACACAUCGCUUUUUGCAAGUGUUGUAGGCGAGCAAGUGCCGCAGUCGACCAUUAAGAGGCUGCAAGAGCUCACUGGUGGCGAUAUACAACGAGCUGUCAAUGUAUACCUAGACGGGUCAUGGAAAAGCGCAUCGCCACAUCCACAGUCAUCGAGACCUAACAUCUCUCAGCAAUCGCUCUUCGGUUCAGUGCAGAGGGUCAGCAAUGGAACUUCGUCUCCAGCAAACAGCAGAGCUACGCCAGUCAAGCGGUCGCCGUCUGUUGUCGAGGUCCGGCCUCCGAAGAAGUCUAUGCCUGAGAAGAGAUAUAUCGGAGCUUUCGGCGUGGCGGGCUGGGCCACACGAAGCGGCACAGGGCUUAUCAAGCACGAUGAAAGAGUCGGUAUCGAGCGGCACAAGAUGCAGCCUAAGCUUGGAAAGGGCGGCAAACCUACAAUCAGGAACCGGCAGGACAUUGUCGUCAGGUUUACCAACUUGAAAGGCGAGGAGGUUGGAAGGCUCGAAAAUGAUUCGGCAGCCUGGAUAUCAGCAUUGCUUGACCAGAAAAUCUGCAAGCUCGAGGCUACCUGUGUUUUCGCGCCAGAGAGGAUACGCACGAACGACACAAUCUAUCUGCAAGUACGCUGUUACUUCCUCAAGGUUGCUUUUGACGCUGCUGGAUUCAUCAAGCCGCAAGACAGCAACCGACAGACUGGAAUUUUCGAGGCGAAAGAGACUCAGGAUGAGCAGGCCCUGCGCAUGCGCCAGGUGGCGUUGGUAAAGCUCUUUAGUGAGAUUAGCCUGCACCCUUCGAGGGCGAACGAAACCACCGAAAAGCACAAGCGCCAAGGCCUUCUUCAAGCUGCCGAGAUGGCAGAGCAGUACGAGCAAAAAGCUGGGUCAACGUCAGCAAAGUCCGCAGAUACCGAAACCUCAACGCCCGCAUCUGAUGAAGAGGAGGAUGGAAAGGAGCUGGAGCAAGAUCAACUCGAUACCCUCUACAAGAAAGCACAAUCGUUCGAUUUCAACACCCCAGAAGCGCAACCUGCUUCGACCUUUGUGAUGGACUUACGAAAGUAUCAGAAGCAGGCAUUGCACUGGAUGCUGAGGAAAGAGAGGGAUGAGGAGUCGGAGCAGAAGGAACAGUCCAUGCACCCAUUGUGGGAGGAGUAUGCUUGGCCAACAAAAGACGUAGAUGGCAAGGAUUUGCCGGGGGUAGCUGAUUGCUCCAACUUCUAUGUCAACCCAUACUCCGGCGAGCUUUCCCUCCAGUUUCCGGUACAAGAACAGAAUUGCUUAGGGGGCAUUCUGGCAGACGAGAUGGGGCUUGGCAAGACCAUUGAGAUGCUUAGCUUGAUACAUUCGCAUCGGCCUGACACACGCGGGCCGUCAACGGACUCGGACGGCCUGUCUGUACUGGACCUGCCAAGGCUUCCUAAGAACUCUUCUUCGGUUGAGCGAGCGCCACAUACUACACUUGUUGUGGCCCCAAUGUCCUUACUUGCGCAGUGGCAGAGCGAAGCCGAAAAGGCAUCCAAGCCCGGCUCACUAAAGGUUAUGGUUUACUACGGAUCCGACAAGGCAGCAAAUCUGCAGAACCUCUGCUGCGAGGCUAACGCGGCGAACGCUCCAAAUGUGAUCAUCACCAGCUACGGUGUGGUUCUUUCCGAGUUCAAUCAGGUAGCUGCAAACGGUGGCAAUCGUGGCUCUCACGGCGGGUUGUUCUCGGUCGAAUACUUCCGCGUCAUCCUGGACGAGGCUCACUUCAUCAAGAACAGGCAGUCCAAGACGGCAAAGGCUUGCUACGAGAUCAGUGCCGUGCACCGAUGGGUCUUGACUGGUACACCUAUCGUUAACCGGCUGGAGGACCUGUUCAGUUUGGUGCACUUCCUUAGGGUCGAACCAUGGAGCAACUUUUCCUUCUGGAAGACAUUCAUCACAGUACCAUUUGAGUCGAAGGAUUUUAUCCGCGCUCUUGAUGUGGUUCAGACGGUACUUGAGCCACUUGUGCUCCGUCGAACCAAAGAUAUGAAAACGCCUGACGGUGAGGCGCUUGUGCCGCUACCGCCGAAGACCAUUGAAAUCGAGGAGGUCGAGUUGUCGCAAGCAGAGCGCGAAGUGUAUGAUCACAUCUUCACCCGCGCGAAGCGCACAUUCAACGCCAAUGUCGAGGCCGGCACUCUCAUGAAGUCCUACACCACCAUCUUCGCCCAGAUCUUGCGCCUCCGCCAAUCAUGCUGCCACCCUAUCCUAACCCGCAACAAGAACGUUGUCGCCGAUGAGGAGGACGCAGCGGCAGCCGCAGACAUCGCCAACGGGUUAGCAGACGACAUGGACUUGCAGGCGCUCAUCGAGCGCUUCACAGCCGAGCAGAGCGACCAAGACGCCAACAAGUUCGGGGCACACGUCCUCAAGCAAAUACAAGCGGAAGCCAACGACGAAUGUCCCAUCUGCGCCGAAGAGCCCAUGAACGAGCAAGCAGUUACAGGUUGCUGGCACAGCGCGUGCAAGCAGUGUCUACUAGACUACAUAUCGCACCAGCGCGACAAAGGCGACCUCCCUCGCUGCUUCAACUGCCGCGAACCCAUCAACGCGCGCGACGUCUUCGAAGUCAUCCGGCACGAUCCCGAGCCCGAGGAUGACGACGACGAUACGCAAGGCCUCUACUCAUCCGGCACCCGAACACCACGCAUCUCCCUCCGCCGCGUCGGCAGCGCCUCCUCCGCCAAGAUCGAGUCCCUACUCGCCCACCUGAAGCGCGAGCGCCGCGAAGACCCUCUCGUCAAAACCGUUGUCUUCAGCCAGUUCACCUCAUUCCUCGACCUCAUCGAAACUGCUCUUUCUAAGGCCCGGAUUCCUUUCCUCCGCUUUGACGGCUCCAUGGCCCAGAAAGCGCGCGCAGCCGUGCUGACCGACUUCACUGCGCGCAAGAAGGGUGUAGUCCUGCUGCUCAGCUUGCGCGCGGGGGGCGUUGGGCUCAAUCUGACCGCUGCACGGAGCGUGUUCAUGAUGGAUCCGUGGUGGAGCUUUGCGGUUGAGGCCCAGGCGAUAGACCGGGUGCAUCGCAUGGGGCAGGAGCGGGAGGUUGUGGUGCGCAGGUUUGUGGUGAAGGGGAGCAUCGAGGAGAAGAUGUUGAAGGUACAGGAGAGAAAGAAGUUUAUCGCGAGCUCGUUGGGGAUGAUGAGCGCUGAGGAGAAGAGGGUGCAGCGGAUUGAGGAUAUUAAGGAGUUGUUGAGCUAG